AACAAAAUAACUUAACGGUUAUACCUCAAUAUUUGGUCACAAUAUCAACGGAAUCAAAAACACCCUUACCUUAUCCUGUUCCUAUAUUCACCCUUAAGAAAAAUAUUUCGAGCAAAUUGUUGCUAUGGUACUUUUCCUACUACAAACAAUAGAAUUUUUCUUAAGUAGGAAUUUUCCAAAUGUUUUGUUUUUUAGUUCGUUUGCCAAAAACCGACAAUAAUGUCAUUUAAGGACGUCAGAGAUUUAUCAGAACAUCUUAAGCUCUUGGGUUUUCCUCGGGUUUUCCCAUUGCAAGCCUUGUGCAGCAACUACGGAAGUUUGGCUAGUUUUCGAAUUGUCUCAGAAAUACUCCAAUGGCUGGCCAGUCUCCUUGAACCUGGAACAAUACUUUCUGGAAGUGCAGAAAGUGAAGCCGAACGAAUUCUUCUAAUUCGUUCAGCAACGGAAUUUUUCGUCACAAAAUCUUCAAUUAAAUUGAAUCCCCGAAAACUAUAUGCCUCUUCGGCAGCCACUGCCGGUGAGUUACAAAAGAUUACAAAGCUCUUAAUAACGCCAUCACAUAAAAAUGAAGACAACGAUGAUGAUGAGAACUUUAGAAGUCUUAAUCAAGUAGAUAUUGGUGAUAAAAUCGAUGAUUUACGCAGAGCACGAGAACUUUCGUCGGACUUGACAAAUCGUGGAGCGGCUUUGUAUGAUCUAUUGUCGAAGGAAGUCGUCAAUAAGGAGUCGAGAAUUUUGCAAGCCAAUCGACCAAUGGAAAUCUCAAGUGCUGAGCGAUCUUUGAAGAAUGCUAUAUCAGUGGCACAAUUAAAGCUUCAAUCAAGUCGAGUUCAGUUGGAAAGUUCGAGGGUUGAAUUUAACGCCCUUAGCACAAAAUUACAAAGGAAAAAAUCUGAAUUAGAGAGAACCAAGCAACGUCUUGAGGCUCUGGAAAAAAUACGCCCAGCUCAUUUGCAAGAAUUCGAACAAUACGAAAUCGAGUUAAAGGAAUUAUUUCAACAAUAUUUCCUACGAAUCCACUGUCGAGAUGCCCUUAAAGCCCAGAUAACAGCUCGAAGUGAGAAAACCGCAGGACGACAAAUUUCUUCACCAAUUCAGAAACCAGCAGAAAGUUCUAUGCACUUCUUGCCUGAGGGACUGAUGGAAGAUUUUGAUGAUGAGGACGAAGAGUUUGAUGGAAACUUCGAUGAUAAUAUGCCAUUUAUAAGAGAUGAAGAUCUAAUGGUCAAUAUGAACAAUGAAGCUGAGGGGAUAGGGGGUAGUUCUAACAGUGGCAUGGGGAUGGAUAAAAAUACAAGAGAUUUAACGAAUACAACAACCAUCGUUCGUCCAACAACUGGACGCAAGAAACCAAGAACAGGAACAACAGUUGGACGUCAUAAGGUUGUUGGCAGUAUGUUGGGGGGUUCUGAAGAUAAUUUGGACAGUAGUCUAGGAAGUUCUGACAGCGAUAUUGAUAUUGGUGGCGAAGAUUAUGAGCUGAACACAGAUGAUGAAAUUAGUUUGUCAAAGCUCGCCAGUGAAUUACCGAUGCGUCCCAAAACAGCCAACAAGCAGGAGCACCAUAGUGAUGAAGACUUUUAGAUAAUUCACCUCAUGCUCACACCUUAAAUCGUCACCCUAAAACUAUACUUCAGUAUAUAACAUCCUCCUCCAGAUCCAGAGCUUGUCCAUGUCCACGUUCACACUUUGUACCUCUGUCUCUGUAUACAUCUCAAUUUGUUUGUAAUUAAAUUUUAUUGUAUGCACAAUUAUAA